GAUAGUCACCGUAGAAGAACUCCAGGAGACGACAAGGAAGUCCCCAGAGUUUCAAUGGACUAUUGCUUUUUGGGCAGAGUUCUUGACAACACCAAAUCUGAAGAGACAACGGUGGCUGAGUUGAAAGAGCCAACAGAAGAAGCAGAAGGAAUCAUGCCCGUUUUGGUAGUCACUGACGAAAGAACAGGCUGCGUUUUCAGCAGUGUUGUGCAAAAGGGAGUGAAUGAUCACGCCGUCAAUGUGGUAGUAGAAGCUUUGAAGUUUUGUGGUAGACAGAAAGCCAUCCUGCAAACAGAUGCCGAACACAGCAUCAAAGCACUUGCAGAGGCAUCAGCCGUGAAGUAUGGCAAAGAGGUGCAACACCAAACUGCGCCACGUGAAUCUCACGCGUCCAAUGGGGCCGCUGAAAGGGCGGUACUGGAGCUCUCGCGACAGGUGCGCACAAACGUGAACGCACUGUACAAGGACUUCAAGCUGAAAGUUUCCAGUGUUUCAUACCCGUGGCUUGUACGCCAUUCAGCAUGGCAAUUGACCAGAUUCCUGGUGAAGGCAGAUGGGAAAACCCCAUAUGAACGACUCAAAGGCAAGCUGGACGCUCAGAGCCCCAUUGGCAUUUGGGUUGGAAAAUCCCUGCAAUCCGACGAACACUAUGUCGGAACAGCAGACGGCAUCCGUCGCUGCAGAAGCGCAUGGCGCAGGCCAGAAGGGCGACGAUGGGAGCUGAAAAGAUUCGAGGCUCUCAAAGGCGUUCCGUGGCAACCCAAAGGCGAGCCAACCUUGAUGCCAGGAGCCUCAGGCACGCCAAGGAUUGCAGCGCCAGGAACACCAAGCGGACGCGCCCGAGGAGUGUACAUCACAGUGGAACGGCAGAUUCGCCAUGGAUCCACAGAAGGAUGCGCAGGCUGUCACAGCUCAGACGACAACCCAAAGCCACACAAUGCAACAUGCCGAGCAAGAUUCGCAAAGAUCAUCGCCGAAGAGCGAGCGAAGGCACAACAAGGCGAAGGAAGUGCCAGCGCGCAAGUUGAAGACUUGGAAGCGCCAGCGGCCGACAAUUCCUCGUCAUUGUAUCGCGACAAGCGAGAGGCAGCGGGAACCGCCGCGCCUCAGGGAGUUGCGGGAGACUCCGCACUCUCAAUCGCACCAAGGAUCGCGGGAAGACCCGCAUCCUCAGCUGAUCCUGCGGGAAGCACCGCGGCUUCAGCAAGUGCCAAAAGACCCACAGAGGGCACACAAGAAGCCCAAAAGAGGCUGAAGGCACCAGAUCCAAAGGGAAGCAAACGAGACCCUGAGGUCAGUGUCCAAGAGCUGCAAGACGCAGAAGACAUCUCAACAUUGCUGCUACAGCAAGACGAAAGCACGCAUGCAGAAGAGAAAGGCACUUUGCCUACACUCCAUGACGUGCCACUCGCAGCAAUUUUUGAGGAUUCCCUCCUUGCCGGAUACCCAGAGUGGGGAAAUGUGACGUCAGCUUUCGACGAGAGAUCAGGCGAAGCACUGCCUCUUGAAAAGGUCAAGACCGCUAGGGGCAGAGAGCUAGACAAGAUGAUCGAGCACAACAUCAAAACUGACAUUACGUGGGAGGAGGCCAGACGACGUGGAUUGAAGAUAGUCCGUAGUCGCUGGGUCGACGGAUGGAAAACCAUCGACGGAGAUCCAAGAGGUGUGAGGUCCAGAUGUGUAGCCCAAGAGGUGAACACAGGUCCUAGAGAGGACGUACACUCUGGAACCCCACCGCUGAAAGCUCACAGGAUGAUUUUGUCCUGUGCGGCCACCAAACGCAAAGGACAACAUCAGCACGACAAGCUGAUCGGACGUUACGACGUCAGUGUGGCAUUCUUCCAUGCCACAUCCACCGGCAAAAUCGCCGUGGUACCGCCGGAUGAUCUCAACGAUCAAAGACACCUAUGGUAUCUCAACAAGGCAAUGAAUGGAACUCGCGAAGCGAGUCGCCAAUGGUCCGAGUUUGUAGACGGAACUGUGACCAGGAAAGGCGGAUUCAGCAAUGUGCCAGGAGUCCCCGGAGUGUUUUAUCACAAGGAGUGGCAAGUCAAAAUGAGUUGUCAUGGGGACGACUUUCUGGCCGAAGGCCGAGCGGAAGAUCUCGACAAAUUGGAUGA